AUGUCACUGGACCUGACGGUGUCCCCGUGCCUAGCGUCGCGUCACGUAACCGGCACGUCUCCCAAGAGCACAGGAGAAUUGCAAAUGUCAGAUGUCGGAUUUCAAAUGUGCGAUGUCCAGAGCAAAGACCAGUCUGGUGAAACGGGGAAACAAGUAGAUGUCAACCUGGAAGUCGACGACAAAGCAGAAGGGGGAAAAGAAGUGGUUGUGAGAUAA